AUGACAGACAAAUGUGUGCACGGAGACCAGACUGAAUCAAUCAACUACAACAACGCCCCACUCAAAUGCCCCGAUCUGAAACGCCAGCGUGGGGUAUGCUCAAACAACCCCAACAUGGCCAAAUAUUGCUGCAGAACGUGCGAGGAAAUUCAAAAAGAAGGCCCUCAAGGUUGCAGGGAGGGCGAUAUGAACAUGUACUCUAACUGCGACCAACUGUUUGCGAAAAAUGUUUUCAUGUGCGAACAAAAACAGAACCAAGAUGGCUGCUGCCAAUCCUGCUUCCCGUUCAUGAGGGAGGUAAACAAAUGCUUGAAAUCCGGCAAAUCUGACGCGAAGUAUUGCGGAAACCGAGUUAGGUGCGAUAGAGGCAACUGCGUAUACAGCGAGAACAACCUUUUCACGAAAGGUGGACAUGCAGACAGAUUCAGCAAUUGCGACGACUUGGUCAGGGGGCAAAAGAGUGCAUGCAAGGACCAGCUGAAAGAAGACUGCCCUCUCAGUUGUUUCAAAUAUGGCGGCUAUCAAUAA